AUGAUCAUCCUCCAGCGUCUUGUAUUUAUCCCAGUCUUCAUCAACCCAUUAGCCACUGCCUUUGUCAACUAUGGCUCUAUUGUACCCAAAUCAAUCCUACAGCAAUCCGCGCCCUCUUCAUCUGGCUUGAGGCCAUGGGCAAAUACGAGCCUAACACUAUCGCCAUCAAGCCCACUCGUUACACUCGAUUACGGUACCGAAGUAGCCGGGUUUCCCUUCUUCAACGUUUCUACAAUUUCCGGAACAGUACAGAUCGAAGUAAAGUACAGCGAAGAAUAUCGUGGAAUUGAAGAACCAUUCUCAGAUGGACCUUGGACAUUCUCGAACGGACUGUCGAACACUUUCCGUGUCGAAACUUUCAAUGUCACGGAGACAGGAUACAUUGAGAGCUUUUUCGUCCAGGGAGGACAGCGAUGGCAGACCGCACGGUUAAUCACGAACGGCUCUGUCACUAUCGAUCAUCUAGGAUUUCGCGCAACGAGCUCAAACCUAGAUGUCGAUAUGCUGCCAGGGCACUUGAAGACAUCGGAUGAUACUUAUAACCGCGUCUUCGACCUCGGAGGUCGUGUCGCACAAGUGGCAUGCGUAGAUGCCGGUAACGCACCGUCUACAUGGGAAAUCACGAAAGACGGAGCUCUCGUUCGAGGCCAAACAAGCGCACAGUCAUCGCUGGGUGUUGAAGCAGUCAAUUACACACUCGAAUUCGAUGUGAAGAUCGCUCGCGGCGGCGCCGGCUGGCGAAUAGCAAGUGCGCUGCAGCCGCUUGGGCCGUACUUUGUGCUUACAUCCGAAUAUCCUCAGCAGAACACUUUUGCAAACACGAACCGGACCCUCCUGCCGCCAAACACCUUGGCGUUCAACACUGAGUGGAGCUUGGUAAACCAGAGCACGUUACCUGUGCCGGAAAACCAGUACUUCGUUAUCAACACAACUAUCAAGGAAAAUACGUGGUAUCGCGUAAGCACAUCAAUUGAGAAAGCGGGUUACCGGAUAGGCUUGAACGGAACCGAGAUCGCCUUCGUACCCUUACCACCACCGGCAGCCCCUGGAAACUUCGGCACUCCUUCGCGAUACGAAGGCACAUGGGGUUUCGGAGGUAUGCAGGAUCAGAUCACGUACUACAAAGAUGUGAUUGUCACCGCCAGAAACGGUACAAUCAUUUACUCUAAUCAUCUUACCAGCGAAGAUUGCUUGGCCGAGUAUCAGGUUGCGCCUCUCGACCAUUCGGUCUGCCUUGACGGUGCCAAGCGGGAUCGCCUAGUCUGGACAGGAGACUUCUAUCACACUGUGCGUGUCGUCUCAACUUCGUCUGCUCGAUUUGACUACCUCUUGGGCACCAUCGAAUACGCGCUAAACUACCAGCUGGAUGAAGGCCCGUAUGCUGGCUUUACCCCAAUCUCCGCCAACCUCGGAUCCCGACCCCAGUACAAAGAGGCAAAUAUUGGAAACUACGCUGGGCUAGUAGACUACCAAGACUUAUUCUUGGCGGGAAUAGGCCAUUACUACCGUUACACGGGAGACUUGGAUGGCCUGAAGCCUUACUGGAGUCAGAUCAAAAGACUUGCCACCGCGAGAUUGGCUUUCAUCGAUCCCACAUCUGGUCUUAUCGGAGGUUCCCCAGAGAUACCAUCGCCCUUCAGCUUUCUUGGACCAGCCAACGGGACUGCAACGACUGGUCUCUUCGCUUAUAUGCUCAACGAGAUUGCGCCACUUGCUCUUGCGAUCGGAGACGAAGAAGCUUCAACAUCUUACUCACAAACGGCAAGCAAACUGCGCGAGACCCUUAAUCGUGAGCUAUGGAACGACCAGCUUGGAACAUACUCACUAUCUACCACCGAUCGGGGAAACUUUUCCUUGACUGGCAUUGCCUGGGCAAUUCUAUCCGGGACGGCGAAUGUGACGCAAGCAGCGUCCUCUAUUGCCAAGCUUGAGGAGCUUCGCUUCGCGGUAGGUUACAAGACCAUCUCAAGUGACUUGGAGACGGAUGACUAUCAGCUUGCCCCCAAUCCAUCAGGCUUCUUAUUCGAAGCUCUCUUCAAGGCACGUCGUGAUCUUGGAGUGGACAGUACGUCUGCUAUCACGCAUCUACUCGACAACCUGUGGGGCAGUAUGGUGGAGAACAACGAAUACUACUCCGGAGCGAGCUGGGAAUAUGUAAAGCCCGACGGUUCGCCUGGUAUCGAUCUUUUCACUAGCUUAGCACACCCAUGGGGUGCAGCUCCAACCUACGUACUGCCGGAAUACCUUCUUGGUGUUGUACCGAGUUCUCCGGGGUACGAAAUGGUUGUCAUCACUCCUAUGGUUGGGUUCCUGAACCAAUCUGAAGUUAGCGGGAGGGUACCAACACCCAAUGGACCGAUCAAGGUGGCAUGGACGGUAAAUGGUACGAACGUCGUUAUAAAUGUCGCUAUACCCAGCGGUACGACAGCUACGUUGCAACUACCAGCUGGAGCAGCUGUUGUCGGCGAAGAUUUGCACGACGGACAACUCGAGCUUUCGUGUGGAGUGAGGGAACUGAUCAUGGAAAUUUAG